CCGCGCGACUUCCGGCGUUUCUUAUUUUAACAUCCGCAUACGAUGUCGUUUCCUGAUGACUGUAAGGCCGUACAAACAUGGAAAGAAAGCGACUGAAACUGUGGGACUACGUCGCGCUUGCUGUUGUUGUUUUUGCCUUUAGUCUACAAGUGUUGGGCUAUUUCUUGCCCACGUGGUGGUCCUAUAAUGACCCCGCGGCCAGGCAUACGGUGGUGGUGUCGAUGCUGGGUUCGUCGGAGAACGAAAAUGGAGCUGAAAAUAUCAAAACAGUGAUUGAGAUUGAAGGCGGAAGGGAGUGGCUGUUUAUAUCCCGUGCCUUUGGAGCGUUCGGAAUUUUGCUGAAUUUCCUUUCCCUAAUUUUCCACCUUCUGUACAUGUGCAUACGAUAUGACUGCAACAGAUCAGCAUCGAUUUACCUUCUGGGAGCCUCAAGUCUGUUUAUUCUCGGUGGAUCCAUAGUCUUUGUUGCACUUCAUAAAGAAUUGGCCACCAAUCUAAAACCAGAUUUGCAGAGUUUGGGAUUUCCUUGGAUAAUUUGUAUUUUUGCGGGAAUCGUCACGAUAGCAGCGUCCAUAGUAACAGCGGUAGCAACUAUUAAAAAAGCCAAUCAAUGGGACUUUGAGGAUGACGAUGAUAUUGACUUUUCUGAUGUUCAAAUGAGAAGGAGAUAGAUAUACUAAAACAUCAGCGUUUUAUUCUCGAUAACUUUGAUGGUUACAAAUCCUGUGUGCAAUACUUUAAAAACUAUCUGGUCAACGAUCUGUGUUUCUUUCUAUAUAUGCCUACUAAUGCACCAAUCCAAAAAAGACAAAAGAAAUGGUUCAUAUGAACGUAAAUUUUGAAUUGUGAUUAAUGAAUAGAUUGACUGGAGUGCAUCAAACAAAUCAGGGAAAUACUCAGAAAGUGCUGAAAUUUUGAAAUUUACGAUGAUGUACUUCCCCUAACUAAUUUUGUUUUUCAAUGAUUCAUUGAGAGAGAGAGAGAGAGAGAGAGAGAGAGAGAGAGAGAGAGAGAGAGAGAAAUUAUCACCGGCGAGAUUAAUAUAUGCACACAAAUAUGUGCGUACUGACAGAAGAUGGGUACAGAUUGGUACUGUACCUCACCUGACAGAACAUGCAAAGGAUGCAUUGCUUUAUCUGUUUACAUGUAACAUACUAUUUGCUUUGUUUCAGGCUGCAUAACUGCAAAUAUUUCUUAAUGUUAAGUGUAUUGCUCUUUUGUACUUUGCUUUUACAUGUAUAUGUUUAUAUCAUAUAUUAGGUAGUUUUACACACAUAUUUUUUAUUGGAAUGAUUAAAACCAAGGCUUAGUUUGUUAAUUUGAGUAUUUUCUACCUAAAAAAAACUAAAACUUAAUACCAGAUACCGAAACAUUGGUGUAUGUUUACCAUGCAGAUGUAAUAACUUAAACGAAUAAACCAAUACUUAUACAGGUA